AACAAAUUUGAUAGGAAGAGACCUACAUUGAACAAGUUCAACUAGUCCUCUGAAUCUCCAAGCUUUCUUUACUACAAUGGAGAACACGGGAACCAUGAAAGAAAAGAAGGAAAUCGAGAGAGACGACUUGGAGGAGGAGUUGCCGGAAGGGGCGGAGUCGGGUGGCUUGGGAAGGACCCUGCCGUGGACGAGGCAGCUGACUCUGCGUGGGGUUGUGGUGAGCGUCGUGAUAGGGGCCAUCUACAGCAUCAUAGCCAUGAAGCUGAACCUCACGACCGGGCUCGUCCCGAACCUCAACGUGUCAGCCGCGCUGCUCGCCUUUGUGCUUAUCCGCACAUGGACCAAGAUGCUCCACAGGGCUGGCUACGUCUCGAGACCGUUCACCAGGCAAGAGAACACCAUGAUCCAGACGUGCGCGGUCGCGUGUUACAGCAUUGCCGUUGGAGGUGGAUUUGCCUCAUAUCUAUUGGGGUUAAACAGGAGGACAUACGAAUUGUCGGGAGUGGAUGCUCAGGGAAAUUCCCCAAAGGCUGUGAAGGAGCCUGGGCUUGGUUGGAUGACUGGUUUCCUCUUUGUGGUUUGCUUUGUGGGUUUAUUUGUGUUGAUUCCACUCAGGAAGAUACUGAUUGUGGAUCUCAAAUUGACCUAUCCGAGCGGCUUGGCGACGGCGGUGCUCAUCAACGGCUUCCACUCACAGGGAGACAAAAUGGCCAAGAAGCAAGUUCACGGGUUCACGAAGUACUUCUCUUUCUCAUUCCUUUGGGGCUUCUUCCAGUGGUUCUUCAAAGGAAAAGAUGCUUGCGGUUUCGCGCAGUUCCCCACUUUCGGAUUACAAGCUUGGAAGCAAACAUUCUUCUUUGACUUCAGUAUGACUUUCGUCGGAGCGGGGAUGAUCUGUUCACACCUGGUGAAUCUGUCUCUGCUUUUAGGCUCGGUGAUCUCCUACGGCCUCAUGUGGCCGCUCAUCGAUCGCCACAAGGGAGACUGGUUUUCCGAUGGCCUGGAAGAGAGCAGUAUGAAGAGCUUAUAUGGCUAUAAGGCAUUUAUCUCCGUGGCUCUGAUCCUUGGCGAUGGGCUCUACAAUAUUGUAAAGAUAAUCUGUGUCACAGUCAGUAGCAUCCAUGGAAGAAUGAAGAACCAAAACCAAAACCUUGCUACAGCUGAAGAAGACCAGAGCAAAACCCUAGAGGACAAAAGACAAAACGAAGUCUUCCUGAGAGAGAACAUCCCUAUGUGGAUAGGACUCGCUGGAUAUAGCCUCUUCUCCGUCGUGUCCAUCAUCGUGAUCCCCUUCAUGUUCCCUGAGCUUAAAUGGUACUUCGUCCUUGUCGCGUACAUUCUCGCUCCGUCCCUAGCUUUUUGCAAUGCGUAUGGAGCCGGGCUCACGGACAUGAACAUGGCCUACAACUAUGGCAAAGUGGCCCUUUUCAUCCUCGCCGCCAUAUCGGGCAAGGAAAACGGCCUAGUCGCCGGCCUCGCGGGCUGUGGCCUCAUCAAGUCCGCUGUCUCCGUGGCGUGCAUCCUGAUGCAAGAUUUCAAGACGGCCCAUUUCACACUCACGUCCCCUCGAGCGAUGUUCCUCAGCCAGGUCAUUGGCACGGCCAUAGGAUGCGUGGUGGCUCCCUUAAGCUUCUUCCUAUUCUACAAGGCAUUUGACGUGGGAAAUCCUAAUGGAGAAUUCAAAGCACCGUAUGCUCUGAUCUACAGGAACAUGGCGAUCCUGGGUGUUCAGGGGUUCUCGGCUCUGCCUCGCCAUUGCUUGCAGCUCUGCUAUGGCUUCUUCAGCUUCGCAGUGGCUGUGAACCUCAUAAGAGAUCUCGGGCCAAGGAAGGUAGGGAAGUGGAUGCCACUUCCGAUGGCCAUGGCCCCUCCGUUUCUGGUGGGGGCAUAUUUCACGAUCGAUAUGUGCUUGGGGACUUUGGUUGUGUACAUUUGGCAGAAGCUCAAUGCGAACAAGGCAGAGCUGAUGGUUCCUGCGGUGGCUUCGGGGUUGAUAUGUGGGGAGGGACUGUGGACUCUUCCAGCUUCGGUCCUAGCCCUGGCCAAAAUAAAGCCUCCCAUUUGUAUGAAGUUUGUGCCUUCCUAAAGGACCUAGCGUAAACGUUACCUAGUUACAACAGAAAACUUAUUUAUCCGCUAAGUAGAUGACAGCAUGGAAUCUACCAUUGGAAAGUCAUUGUAAUACGGCCAAGGGCGUGAAACUCAUAGAUAUGUGAUGAUUAGUCCUUCCACUA